AUGCUAAGAACACGAUUUAGAAAAGAUUCGUUGGAAAAGGUAAGGUCAGUUUCAAAGGGAUCACUGGAUCGCUUGACAUGUGAUCACGACGAUAUAGCGCGCCUGUUUGCUUGCGAAUCACGGAACUCGCGAUCAGCUGUACACCCGGAGACUGCACACGUUGAGCAUGCGGGCGUGACGAGAGCUCCGGCGCACCCUCUUCACCCUCGCCGCGUCCUACUCGCACCCUUCCGGGCUACACGCUUCGCGCGGCAUUCCCGUCUCACUCGUGUCGCGCUCGUUACUCUCCAGAAAAUAUCAAUAAGUUGGAGCAUGGUUAUUGUGGCUCGUACAACGUUCCGUUCCGUUGGACGGGGACGUCUUAUUCGCUGUGGCGACCGACACGCAUGUGCACAGCAGGACGCGGGAGAAGCUCGCACAGAGAUUUUAUGUAUCACGAUGACUAGUCAGGAAGGAGAGAAAAUUGUGGAUACGGAAAAUGACCUGGAUCAUGAUAAAGAAGAGCUUACGACCGAAACGAAGGAAGAUAUUUCUACAGCGAAACCACGUGCUAGGAGAUAUCUCACGAAACAUAUGAAAUUAUACCCGGAAUUGUACAGAAGCGAUGUCUCGAUACAUCCAAGUUAUACUACUCUUAAAAAUCUACCUUAUUACGUGGUCUGCCGACGACGUGUACAGAGGACCAAGAAGCAGAUCAAGCGUCAGCUGAACCGCGAUAUCAUGCACUUUGCGAUGAUGCAGUUGUUCGCCAUCGAUAGCGUCAGGAUCGACCGUGUAUUCAGCGUCGGGAUGCCACCGAAGACAUUGAUUGUCCCCGAUUUGCUAACCGUGAACGAAAGACGUCACAUCAACGAACUUCUUCGCGACACAUAACGAAACAGCAUCUCAUUGUGCUCCCAACGUUUAUUGUGUACGAUAUGUAUCGACAUGUGCGAUCGAAUAAAAUUUGCAUUGAUACAUUGAAUAAAGUGGGCGAGUCUAUUUUCUUC